AUGUCGAAAAUGCAAAAGUACACUGUAGCAGUGAUCCUCGCUUGUACUAUAAUCUUCGAUUGGAGUAAUUCUGCAUUUAUUGAUACACUACCUAAAUGUAGCAUCAAAGAUAAUGAAUGUCAGAGGCAGCUUUUUCAGGACACGCUACAAAAAAUUGGAAAAUCGGGUAUUCCUGAUCUGAAUGUACCGCCAAUUGACCCUAUUCAUCUUGAAAAUGUAUCGGUGUCAGUUUUAAAUUUGGUCAAUAUAACUCUUUUGGAUGGAGAGGCUACGGGCAUUAAAGACUGCACAUUUAAAAAAUUCAUAGCUGACAUUGAUAAGGAAAUCGGAAGGCAAGAGAUACUUUGUGACAUCACUAUAAAAGGACACUAUUUGUUAGAUGCAGCUUCACCUCUUAUUGAAAGUGUACUUGGGGGCUCUAGCAUACACGGGGAAGGAAACGGAAAAAUAGCUAUUAAAAAACUUCUUAUAGAAUUUGUCUUUCCCUUUUACGCGCAAAGGCGUGACGAUGGCGAAAUAUAUAUAACUUGCGAUUACAAGGAAAUAAAAAACAGCUUUGAUGUUCUGGGCAAAGUGACCUUCUCUGCUGAUAAAAUUUACUUAGGAAAAGAAGACGUUAGUGAAUUCGUUGUCGGUUACAUGAAUGAAAAUUGGAAGUUCCUUAUGAAGUCAUUUGGACAAAUCUUUAUUGAUAAAGCUGCAGACUACUAUUUUAAGUUUGCUGGGAACUUCUUCGAUCUGGUUCCAGCAAAAUAUUACAUUUCUGAUGACUUAACACCGUACCUGAAGAAUUAA